UACAUGGCGCACACCCAACGUUUUAAUUUCGCUUUCAAUGUUUUAGCAAACUGUCGCGUUGAGCAAUGGUAGCAUCCGAAUGACGUCAUCCAGGGCGACGGCUUCCGGGCUUCGGAAGCGCCGCCGCUGCCGCAUUGCUUUCUGCACACGGCAUUACAGGAGAGGAAGACUGUGGUGGAUCGAGGCAGGAGUUUCAACGGGAUUAGAAAUAACAUCGUCGCCGAGAGACAGACGAGAGAAAAGGCUACUUUUUGCUGUAACGCCAUGAUGGAUGUGAAAGAGGAGACCAUAAAUGUUAAGGAGGAGGACUGUGAGUUGAAGUGUGUCCACCCUAAACAGGAGAGCCUGGGCAUUAAGGAGGAAGAGGACGAGUAUGAACUGGUGUUUGUGGACAUUAAAGAAGAAGCUGAAGAGAAGUGUGUCAGCAGUGCAACUGACAUCCAGACAAGUGUCAAGGAAGAAGACCUUCAUUAUGGAUGUGAAAAUGAUGCAGUGACUGGGUCUGUCUUCUCUCAUGGUGGACACUCUUCAUGUCCUGAGCCUUCUGUCAAUGUGAAGUCUGAAUUAUUAUUAAAGUCUGACAUAGAGGCAACUGAAGAUGUUUCAUCUCUUAGGACUCAGGAACAUGAGCCACCACCUACAAAGAACACUAGAACAAGAGGCAAACCGCACUGCUGUUCUGAAUGUGGCAAAACAUUCUCUCAGAAGAGUAGUCUUCAGGCUCACCAAAGAAUUCACACAGGAGAGAAGCCAUAUUGUUGUUUUGAAUGUGGCAAACAAUUCUAUUACAAGGCUAGUCUUCAGAGCCAUCAAAGAAUUCACACUGGAGAGAAACUGUUUUCCUGCUCUGAUUGUGACAAACAGUUUAUACACAGAUGGCAUCUUCAGGUUCACCAAAGAAUUCACACAGGAGAGACACCACAUUGUUCUGAAUGUGGCAAACAUUUCUGUGACAACAGUACUCUUCUGAAACAUCAAAGAAUUCACACAGGAGAGAAACCCUAUUGUUGUUCUGAGUGUGGCAAAACAUUCUCUCUGAAGAGUAAUCUUUAUAAACACAAAAGAAUUCACACCAAAGAAAAGCCAUAUUUUUGUUCUGAAUGUGGCAAACAAUUCUAUGACAAGAGUAGUCUUCAGUACCACCAAAUAAUUCACUCAAGGGAGAAGCCAUAUUGCUGUUCUGAUUGUGACAAACAAUUCUAUCUCAAAAGUGGUCUUCAGAAACACCAACGAAUUCACACAGGAGAGAAACCAUAUUGUUGUACUGAAUGUGGCAAACAAUUUUAUGAGAAGAGUAAUCUUCACAACCACAAAAGGAUUCAUACAGGAGAGAAGCCAUAUUGCUGUUCUGAAUGUGGCAAAGCAUUCUCUCAGAAGAAUAAUCUUCAGAAACACCAAAAAAUUCACACAGGAGAGAAACCCUAUUGUUGUUCUGAAUGUGGCAAACUUUUUUGUGACAUCAAUAGUCUUCAGACACACCAACGAAUUCACACAGGAGAGAAACCCUAUUGUUGUUCUGAAUGUGGCAAACAAUUCUAUCACAAGAGUAGUCUUCACAACCACAAAAGAAUUCACGCAGGAGAGAAGCCAUAUUGCUGUUCUGAAUGUGGCAAAACAUUCUCUCAGAAGAAUAGUCUCCUGAAACACCAAAAAAAUAACACAGGAGAGAAACCGUAUUGUACUGAAUGUGGCAAACAUUUCUGUGACAUCAGUAGUCUUCAGAAACAUCAAAGAAUUCACACAGGUGAGGAACCCUAUUGUUGUUCUGAAUGUGGCAAACAAUUAUAUCGCAAAAGUAGUCUUCGAAAUCACCAAAGAAUUCACACAGGAGAGAAAUCCCAUUGUUGUUCUGAAUGUGGCAAACAAUUCUAUCGCAAGAGUAGUCUUCGAAAUCACCAAAGAAUUCAUACAGGAAACAAACCUCAUAGCUGUUCUGAAUGUAGGAAACAAUUCAGGUACAGGAGUGAUCUUCAGCAACAUCUUAGAUGUCACACCGGAGAGAAACCAUAUUGUUGUUCUGAAUGUGGAAAAGUGUUUUCACAAAGUCACCAUCUUCAGAGCCACAAACGAAUUCACACGGGAGAGAAGCCAUUUUGUUGUUCUGAAUGUGGCAAACAAUUCAGUCGCAGCAGUUAUCUUCAGGUCCACAAAAGAAUUCACACCGGAGAGAAACCAUAUUGUUGUUCUGAAUGUGGAAAACUGUUUUCACAAAGUCACCAUCUUCAGAACCACAAACGAAUUCACACGGGAGAGAAGCCAUUUUGUUGUUCUGAAUGUGGCAAACAAUUCAGUCGCAGCAGUAGUCUUCAGAGCCACAAAACCAUUCACACCGGAGUAAAGCUGUAUUGCUGUUCUGAAUGCGGCAAACAGUUCUCCCAAAACAGCAUUCUGAAGUGCCACAAAGUAAUUCACACAGGAAAGAAGUCGUUUUGCUGCUCUGAAUGUGGCAAGCUGUUCGCUAAAAAGAGUUGCCUUCAAAGGCAUACAAGAAUUCACACAGGACAGAAACCAUAUUGUUGUUCUCAGUGUGGCAAACAAUUUUCACGAAAGGGUGUUCUCCAGUCCCACACAAGAACUCAUACUGGAGAAAAACCAUAUUGUUGUUCUCAGUGUGGCAAACAAUUUUCACGAAAAGGUGUUCUUCAGUCCCACACAAGAACUCAUACUGGAGAGAAGCCAUAUUGCUGUUCAGUAUGUGAAAAAGUUUUCACGACCAAACGCAGCCUUCAGGACCACAGAAGAAUUCAUACUGGGGAAAGGCCAUUUGGUUGUUCUAAAUGUGGCAAAAGAUUCACCAAGAGUUGUAGUCUACAGAGACAUAUUAGAAUUCACACUGGAGAGAAGCCGUAUGGUUGUAGUGAAUGUGGCAAACAAUUCUCACAAAUCAGCUAUCUCCAGAUCCACAAAAGAACUCACACAGGUGAUAAACCACAUCAUUGUUCUGAAUGUGGCAAACAAUUCUGUGUAAGGAGUGAGCUACAGAGACACACUAGAAUUCACACUGGAGAGAAGCUGUAUUGCUGUUCUGAAUGUGGAAAACAAUUCUCACAAAUUAGCAAUCUCCAAAUCCACAAAUGGAUUCACACAGGUGAAAAGCCACAUUGCUGUUCUGAAUGUGGAAAACAAUUCUCUCUAAGGAGCGAUCUACAGAGACACACUAGAAUUCACACUGGGGAGAAGCCAUAUUGCUGUUCUGAAUGUGGUAAGCAAUUUUCUGACAGUAUCGAACUUCGGAGCCACACAAGAAUUCACACAGGAGAGAAGGCAUAUGGCUGUAAUCAAUGUGGGAAAGAAUUCAAUCGCAGGAGUAAUCUUCAGAGACACAUCAGAAUUCACACAGGGGAGAAGCCAUUUUGUUGUUCUGAUUGUGGCAAGCAAUUCUUUCACAGUAGCGAACUUCGGAGCCACAAUAGAAUUCAUACAGGAGAGAAGCCAUAUGGCUGUAAUCAAUGUGGGAAAGAAUUCGGUCGCAGGAGUAAUCUUCAGAGACACAUCAGAAUUCACACCGGAAAGACAUAGUGGCUUACUACAAGGACCACUUGCAAUGCUACCAAAGUGUCUUUGGAAAGGCUACCAUGUAAAGGUGCUUAUCAAGACUUGAGUAGUUAUUAAGAUUA